AUGAACAAGCUUGACGUUCGUGGUGAUCGAGAAGAUCGGUCCGGACGUAAUCUGUCGGUGUACUAUCCAGGGUUGUUAUUGCCUCGUGCUAAUCUUACUUUUUGGAGAAACGGAAGUCUAGUUCGAGAGCGCAAUGCCAUGCUUCCGACCAUAUCUUCCAAGGAUUGGCUGGAUAUUGAUUUUGGUAUUGAAGAAGGUGUUGAUUUCAUUGCAGUGUCAUUUGUGAAGUCUGCUAAAGUUAUUAAGACUUUAAAGAGUUAUAUAAUCGACCGAUCGCCCGGAAGGUUUGGUUUUGCCAGCCAAAUCGGUAUCAUUUCCAAGAUAGAGAGUAUCGAUUAUCUGAAAAUUUUGGAAGAGAUAAUUCGGGUAUCGGACGGAACUAUGGUAGCUAGAGGAGAUCUAGGUGCACAAAUACCGUUGGAACAGGUCCCGUUGGUUCAACAUGAGGUGAUUCAGCUAUGCAGGCAACUCAAUAAGCCUGUCAUUGUUGCUUCCCAGCUGCUCGAAUCGAUGAUCGAAUAUCCUAUACCAACAAGAGCUGAAGUUACCGACGUUUCCGAAGCAGUAGGGCAACAAGCAGAUGCUUUAAUGCUUUCUAGUGAACCAGCUAUGGGACAAUACCCUGAGAAAGCAUUAGCUGUACUAAGAAGUGUUAGUUUGAGAAUCGAAAAGUGCCGAAGGGAGGAAAAAAACUGGGAUGUAACUGACCUUCACAUCGUUUCAUUGUCCAAACUCGAUGAGAUUUCCAAGGAAAUAUGUAAUACAACUUCAAGAAUGGGUGAGUUGUCUUAACAGUACCAACUGAGCUAAUACUCGAUAAAAUUUCUAACUUGUUUUUAACUUUCAGCCAACAAACUCAAAGC